UGGCAAAUCACCACCCACCACAACAAUGCCUCCUUCUCAGCUCAAGAGGCUUAAGGCUUCUCUCCGAGAGCAGGGUAUCGUGGGACCUCAGCAAUCAAAAAGUCAAAAGAGAAAAAAUGCCCAAAAUGGCACGAACAAGGAUAAGAGGGUCAACCGGACCGCCGCUCUUACUGGCAUCCGCGAGCAAUUCAAUCCCUUCGAAAUUAAAACAAACGCAAGGGGUCCGAAGUUCGAGGUUACAAACUCGAGAACAGUCGGCGGCGCAUCAGGAUCAAAGAGUGUGAAGAACCGACCUGGUGUGACGAAGGGAUUGGGCGAGGAAAACCGUCGAAGAACUCUUCUUGUGGAGAUGCAACGACGUAAUAAAGUUGGAGGGAUCAUGGAUCGACGUUUCGGAGAGAACGACUCUUCUAUGGCACCUGAGGACAAGAUGCUGGAGCGAUUCACACAGGAAAUCCAAAGCCGACACAAGAAUAGCUCCGCGUUUGAUUUGGAAGACGAUGAUUACGGAGAUGGACUUGGCCUUACCCAUAUGGGGAAAUCUCUGUCUCUCGAUGGACCCGAUUUUGCAGACGACUUUGAAGAAGACGACUUGGAGUUGUCUGACGCCGAAGAUCAUCCAUCGGACGAAGAACGCCAAACGUUAAAGAGGCGGAGGGGCUCAGACGCAGGCGCUUCAGAGGAUGAAGAUGCAGAGGACCUGCCAGAACGUAAGAAGUCCAAGCAAGAAGUUAUGAAGGAACUUAUUGCCAAAUCCAAACUCCACAAAUAUGAACGUCAGCAAGGAAAGGAUGACGAUGAGGAUAUCCGAGAAGAGCUGGACAAAGAUAUGGCUGAGAUUCAGGCCUUAUUAAGAGGAGUCCGACGUCCACCUGCGCCAAGGCCGGCCGAGGUCGCUGGAAUGAACCCAGAUAGGGCAGCGCUACUAAAUGGUACGGACAAGAUUAAGUUCGAUAAAGAGUAUGAUCUUCGUCUGCGCCAGUUGGCUCAAGACAAGAAGUCGGUACCAACAGAACGCUCAAAGACAGACGAGGAAAGACUUGCAGACGAAGCUAGAAAACUCCAGGAUAUGGAGAAGAGGAGGCUGCGUCGCAUGGAGGGAAAACAGGAAGAGGAGGAGGAAGCCAAGCCUAAUGCACAGGCUCCUGAAGGGGAUGAAGAUGUCUAUGAAGAGGAUGUUGACGAAUUUGGCUUGGGUGCUGGCAUUCAAGCUAAGCCCAGCCGGCCAACUAAUGAGGAGUUAGGGGUUGAAGACGAGGAUGUUUUCGUUCUUGAUGAUGAUUUAAUAGCAAGUGGCUCCGAUGCCGAUAUCUCCGAAGAUGAAAGUGCUUCUGAAAACGGAGAUGACGGAGAGGACGAGCCUGCGGAUGAUUUCCUGGAUGGUCUUCUUACAACUGAGGAGGCCAAAAGGCCUGAAUUUUUGACAGGAGCGAAUGCACCGAUUCCUGACAGGGACCUCCCGACGAACAAUGGGGUCAAUGGAAACCUUGCAUAUACGUUUCCGUGUCCAGAGGACCACUCUAUGCUACUCGAAAUCACCAAAUCAACCGACAUCCAAGAUCUACCUACAGUGGUGAGGAGGAUAAGAGCUCUUUAUCAUCCGAAGCUGAAGGCCGAGAAUAAGGGCAAGCUCACCAAGUUUACGGUUGCUCUUGUUGACCAUGUAUCAUACCUUGCGAACCAACCGGAACUCCCACCAUUUGAUGUCCUGGAGCAAGUCAUUCGACACAUCCAUUCAUUGGCAAAGACCUACCCCAUCGGCACUGCGAAUGCUUUCCGCAAACACUUGGGAGAGCUCCACGAAACUCGUGCUCUGGCACCAACCCGCGGAGAUCUGGUGCUUCUCACUGCCAUCAGCACUAUCUUCCCAACUUCGGAUCAUUUCCACCAAGCAGUUACUCCCGCGAUGUUGAGCAUUGGCCGCUUCCUUGGCCAAAGGAUUCCUCAGAAUCUUUCGGAUUAUGCCACUGGCAUGUAUCUAGCUACACUAGCGAUCCAGUAUCAAAACUUCUCAAAGCGAUACGUCCCCGAAGUCGGCGCCUUCCUCCUAAACACGUUGUGUGCCCUUGGGCCUACAAAGAUGGGUAAUGUUCCAGCCAACUUCCCCUACCACGAGCCAAAGUUCGACUCUCGUCUCGACGCACUUCCAGAACAGAAGACAAGAAUGUUGACUCUAAUGGACUGCUCGAUCCAAUAUCUCUCACCAGAGGAUGAAAACCAACUCAAAGCCGCCUUGUUGGAAACAAGCAUCAAGCUUUUCGAUGCAGCGGCAGAUGUCUGGACUGAAAAGUCUGGGUUCCCAGAGACCUUCUCCCCUGCGUUGAAAGUUCUGAAACACCUGGGAAGCAAGGCAUGCCGUGAACAUCUCCCACGCAGCACUACUGCUUGUGUGACGAGAACAUCGACCAAGCUCACCUUACUACUCAACCAGGCGCGCCUCUCACGCCGCCCACUCGAGCUCCACCACCACAAACCCCUCGCCAUCAAGACCUCCAUACCUAAGUUCGAGGAGUCCUUCAACCCCGACAAGCACUACGAUCCUGACCGUGAGCGUGCCGAGUCCUCCAAGCUCAAGGCUGAGCACAAGCGCGAGCGCAAGGGCGCCAUGCGCGAGCUCCGCAAGGACGCGAACUUCAUUGCUCGUGAGAGCCUUAAGGAGAAGAAGGAGCGCGAUGCUGCGUAUGAGAAAAAGUACAAGAGACUUAUUGCGGAGAUUCAGGGCGAGGAGGGGAGAGAGUCGAAGCAGUACGAGAGGGAGAAGGAGCAUAGGAAGAAGUCGAAGAAGUGAGCGUGGAAUGGGGGGAAGGCGCGUGGUGUUUGAUGGGCGGUUUCUGUAGAUACCCUACUCCUGGAGAGGAGAUAUUGAAUAGCAAGGGAAUACUAGAGACUUGUGGU